AUGUCGCUCUUCGGCUCGUCACCGCCGGCCGAUUCUCCGUCCAACACCUCUGCUGCACCCUCGCGCUCCCUAUUCGACGACGAGCCCAUGUCCAAGUCCGGUUCCAACUCCCUCUUCGCCGACGACGAUCUCGCCGGCGCCGACACCUCGCCAUGGGAUAUGCCUACCCCAAGGAAGAAGCAGUCCCGCGCCGACGUUGUCCGCAACUUACUGCCCGCCUCCGACGUACCCGACGCCUACAUCGAGACCUUUGAUACCGUCGCGCGCGAGGAUGGCGUAGGAGGGCGCGUCAAUGCUGGCGGCGUGGCCAAGCUGUUUGCCGCCGCGCGCCUGCCAGCCGACCACCAGGCGCAGAUCAUGUCCAUGGUUGUGCCAGCUGCAGGUGGCGACAUUGCCGUCGGACGAGGCGAGUUCAACGUCAUUCUGGCUCUCAUUGCCCUGGCGCAGCAGGGCGAGACCAUCAGUCUCGACACUGUAGACGAGCAACGCAGAAACCUCCCACUCCCCAAGCUUGCCGGCCUGACUGCUGCGCCCGAGAUGCCUCCCGUCUCCGAGCUUGCUGCCAAACCUCCCCAAGCUCCUACAACCCCCCCCGUUCAAGAAUCCGCAUCGCCGCCGCCGUCUCAGCCAAGCACUCUGCGUCGAUCUCCGAUGGACUUCCCAGAAGCCGAGGACCCAUGGAACUCCCCUGACGUGCACAAGGGCCACGCGCACACCAUCGCUGAAUCCCCCAGCAGGACCAACGGCUCCAGCCCCCAGCGCCCUGCACCUAAUGCCAACGGUAACGGCAACGGCAACGGCAAUGGUAACGGCAAUUACAGCUCGUCGCCGAGCACUGCCAUCGCCGGUCGAACCAUAUCUGCCUACGCAGCUAGCUCUCCGACAGGUUCCGGACGUCAGAAUGUAAACAGUGGCACGUCACCAGGCGGCGGCUGGGGUGGCUAUUUCGAUGGCAGCACCACGAGCGGCGGCUUCAACGAACCCGUCCCCAGCCAGAUUACAAGUCCUUUCGGCGGCACGAGCAGCGCACGCGACACGACUGGAAACUCCGCUACUGUGCCGUCUCUGCGCCCUACCGUGAGCGCCCGAUCGGGAGGCCCUGUGGAGGAGAACAUUAUCGUCUCUUUACUACCCGAGAAGGAGGGUCUGUUUAUGUUCCAGCACCACAACUACGAGGUUUCGAGCAUCCGGCGGGGCAGCAAGGUUAUCCGACGGUACAGCGACUUCGUAUGGCUUUUGGACUGUCUGCACAAGCGAUAUCCUUUCCGUGCGCUGCCUCUGUUGCCGCCCAAGCGUGUCGCUGUUAAUGGCAACCACUUUUCCAACGAUGGCGCCUUUAUCGAGAAGCGUCGCAGGGGUUUGGCGAGGUUUCUGAACGCGCUCGUUCGUCAUCCUAUCCUUGGCCAGGAGCAGCUCAUCAUCAUGUUCCUGACUGUGCCAACUGAAUUGGCCGUGUGGCGCAAGCAGGCCACCAUAUCCGUCCAAGACGAGUUUCAAGGGCGUGUUUUGCCCCCCGGGCUGGAGGACUCGUUGCCCCCUACCCUCGAGGCACUGUUUGACAAGACGCGGACCGGCAUUCGACGUUCGGCUGAGCUGUACAUCAACAUUUGCAACAUCAUGGACCGCUUAGUGAAGCGCAGCGAGGGAGUUGCAGCCGACCACGCCCGCAUUGCCAUGUCUCUCACUUCCCUGACGGAAGCGAGUGCCGACACCUACGCAACCGACACUAACGAAGUACCUCUGCUCAACGAUGGCCUGACAUCCAUGAGCAGGCAUCUGAGAACGUGUCAGACCCUGUUGGAAGACGAAAGCAAGGCUUGGGACGAGGGAGUGCUGGAGGACCUGAAGCGCCAGCGCGACGCGCUCGUCAGCAUCCGCGACUUGUUCGAUCGGAGGGAACGUCUUGACAAGGACAAUAUCCCUUACCUCGAGCGGAGGAUCCAGACGAACGAGACAAAGCUGGCCAAUCUUCGCAGCAAACCCGCCGACCUUGUGAAGCCGGGUGAGAUCGAGAAGGUGGUUGACGCGAUCAUCAAGGAUAAAGAGUCCAUCGUUAACCAGCACAACCGGUCCAUCUUCAUCAAGGAAUGCAUCCGCGAUGAGCUCAUCUACUUCCAGCAGACGCAGUUCCACGUCUCACGAUGGAACCAGGACUGGGCUCAGGAGCGUGUCAAGUACUCCGAGAUGUUGGCCGACAACUGGCGCCGUCUUCUCGACGAGCUGGAGGGCAUGCCCCUCGGCGACUGA